UGGCAUCCCGAUUACCGGUUUCCGGUCUGUGUCCGGCACGGGGCUCGCAGAGCCACGUAACGGACGGGGGCUGGUCUGCAGCCAUGGCGGAUCGGAAGGCCAAUGGUGGCGGAGCGUCCGCCUCCUCGUCGGGCACUAACUUACUCUUCUCCUCCUCGGCUACGGAGUUCAGCUUCAACGUACCCUUCAUCCCCGUCACGCAGGCCGCCGCCUCCCCGGCUUCCCUGCUCUUAUCCGGAGAUGACUCCACAGACGUUGGGGAGGAGGACAGCUUCCUUGGCCAGACUUCUUCUCACACACCCACCCCACAGACGUUCAGUUACUUCUCUCAGGCAUCAGGCAGCAGUGAUCCUUUUGGGAACAUUGGACAGUCACCCUUAACGACUACAGCCAUGUCAGCUGGGCCAUCACCAUAUUCCAAGCCCCCAGCCACACUUCCUUUUACAACUGGGUCCCAAGAUGCGCAGACUGCAUUUCCACCAUGUGUUUCCACAGCUCACUAUGGUGCUUCCCCUGCCUCACAGAUGGGAAGAGAUACCUAUUUGCCUUCUCAGCCAAGUAGUCUCCCUCCAAAUUUUGGGAGCCCCCCACAAGGGAUUCCUCAGCAAGGACAUAACCCGUAUCGCCACACUCCUAUCAGUAGCCGGGUGAAUCCCUAUAUUACACCUCCACAACUGCAGCAGUGUCAGACGCCAGGCCAUCCCUCCUACCCGCUGCCUUCUGGACCCCCUGUGCAGACAUACCAAAUGCCACCAGGACCAUUGCCACCGCCUCCUGCAGCAGUGCAGUCGCCAGCGCAGCAGCAGAUGCCUGCCAGGGCCGCGGGCCCCCUUGUCCAGGGGCCGGUGCCUCUUAUGCUUCAGAGCCACUAUGAGCCUGUUCAGCCCCACUGGUUUUACUGCAAGGAAGUAGAAUAUAAGCAGCUAUGGAUGCCCUUCAGUGUGCUUGACUCUUUGAAUCUUGAAGAGGUGUAUAAUUCAGUGCAGCCAGAUCCUGAGAGUGUGGUUCUAGGCACGGACGGAGGGCGCUAUGACGUCUACCUCUAUGACCGCACGAGGAAGUCUGUGUACUGGGAAGAGGAGCCAGCUGAAGUGAGACGCUGCACUUGGUUUUACAAGGGGGACACAGAUAGCAGAUUUAUUCCCUAUACAGAGGAGUUCAGUGAAAAACUAGAGGCAGAGUAUAAAAGAGCUGUAACCACGAAUCAGUGGCACCGCAGACUCGAGUUCCCGAGUGGAGAGACCAUCGUGAUGCACAACCCAAAGGUUAUUGUCCAGUUCCAGCCUUCUUCAGUGCCGGAUGAGUGGGGAACGACACAAGAUGGACAGACAAGGCCCAGAGUUGUAAAGCGUGGAAUUGAUGACAACCUUGAUGAAAUUCCUGAUGGGGAAAUGCCUCAAAUUGACCAUUUGGUGUUCAUGGUGCAUGGCAUUGGGCCUGUGUGUGACUUGCGUUUUAGAAGCAUUAUUGAAUGUGUGGAUGAUUUUAGGGUGGUUUCUCUCAAGCUGCUGCAGACACACUUCAAGAAGUCUGUAGAUGGCGGGGAGGUCAGCAGAGUGGAGUUCCUUCCAGUUCACUGGCACAGUGCCCUGCGUGGGCAUGCCUCAGGGGCUGACAGGAAUAUCAAGAAAAUUACUUUGCCAAGUAUUGGUCGGUUCCGGCACUUUACCAAUGAAACUCUGUUAGAUAUCUUAUUUUAUAACAGCCCUACCUUCUGUCAGUCGAUUGUGGAGAAAGUGGGAGUGGAGAUAAACCGACUAUACUCGCUCUUUAUGAGUCGGAAUCCAAACUUCAAAGGAAAGGUCUCCGUUGCUGGUCACAGUUUAGGCUCUUUGAUACUGUUUGACAUCUUGUCUAAUCAAAAAGAUACGAGCAUCUCUAAGUCUCCGGGGUCUGUGCCUGUUUCUAAUGGAGUUAUGAAACAGCCAAGUUUUCAGGAAAGGCAGAUCCCUGAAGACUCAAAGUUGGUGUCAGAUGAACCGUGUGACCUUGACGUGGAAAACGAAGAACCCUUAACUUUGCAUGGAACCCUGGAAGCACUCAGCCUGUUUGAUUAUAUUAGCACUUUUGAGAAGGAAAAGAUUGAUAUGGAAUCUCUGCUGAUGUGCACAGUGGACGACCUGAAGGAGAUGGGGAUACCCCUCGGGCCCCGGAAGAAGAUAGCCAACUUCGUAAAGCUCAAAGCAGCCAAACUGGAGCAGAAAAAAGCAGCAUCAGAAAAGAAGGCGGCGAUGGCUGCUUUGACAAAAGGACAAGAUGAGAGUUCUCAAAAAACUAAGGAAAUGGCUUCUCCCUCUUCAGAAUCAAAUGAGUCAAAGAGGAAGCUUUCAGUUGGGGCCUAUGUGUCAUCUGUACAAGUUGGGUAUGAGUCUUUUGAAGUCGGCACAGGACAGGUUUCUGUUGCUUACAACUCAUUAGACUUUGAACCGGAAAUUUUCUUUGCCUUGGGAUCUCCACUUGGCAUGUUUCUCACGAUUCGAGGUGUGGACAGGAUUGAUGAGAACUAUCGCCUCCCUACCUGCAAAGGCUUCUUCAAUAUUUACCAUCCGCUCGACCCAGUGGCGUACAGAUUAGAACCCAUGGUGGCUCCAGAUUUGGACCUAAAAGCCGUUCUCAUUCCACAUCACAAAGGCAGGAAGAGGCUUCACUUAGAGUUGAAGGAAAGCCUUUCUCGGAUGGGAUCCGAUUUGAAGCAGGGCCUUCUCAGCUCUCUGAAAAGUGCUUGGCAGACAUUCAACGAGUUUGCGCGUGCUCACACCUCUACUACUCAGUUGCAGGAAGAGUUGGAGAAGGUGGUCAAUCAAAUCAAAGAGGAGGAAGAAAAGCAAGUGGUUGAAGCAGAAAAGAUUGCUGAAAGUCCAGAAUUUUCCAAGGAUGAGGACUACUUAGGAAAGGUUGGAAUGUUAAACGGAGGCCGCCGGAUUGAUUAUGUUCUUCAAGAAAAACCAAUAGAGAGUUUUAAUGAAUAUCUUUUCGCUCUUCAGAGUCACUUAUGCUAUUGGGAAUCUGAAGAUACUGCCCUCUUGUUACUUAAGGAAAUUUAUCGAACAAUGAACGUUAGUCCGGAGCAGCCCCAGCAUUGAGCGGACUAGCACUUUACCAGGAAGUCCCAGCAUGAGUGUCACGCUAUGCAGCUCUUAGUGGCUAAUCCCUCUCUGCAUCUGUGAUGGAUAACAGAAAAGUGACUCAGCGACAGUUACCGACACAGUCCUCAGAUGUAGGGAUUCAUCUUAAAGGCACAGAACAGAAAGAUACUGAAAAAAAAUCAGUACCACAUUUGGGAAGUAUUGAAGAAAAACUCCAACCAUAAAGUGAUGCUGUGCAAAAUUCUCAGAUCUGUUUUGUUUCAUAGUUAUCAAAAUUAAGUGUAUCCUAAUGAAGAGAUAUUUGUAGCAUGCAAAUGGUUAUUUCUAUUUCUUAAAACUAUUGUUAAUGGGCUAUUAAACUUAUAUUUUUCUUUGUAUUAACUCAAUAUGUUAUUUUCCUUUAAAUAUGGACUUCUUGAGAAACGAUAGUAACAUGAUUUUUAAGAAACUUAGGCUGGGCUCGGUGUGUGGCACACGCCUCUAAUCCUAGCACUCAAAAGGCAGAGGCAGGCGGAUCUCUGAGUUCGAGGCCAGCCUGGUCCUGGACAGUCAGGACUACAUAGUGAUAAGACACCUAUGCUGUACUUUAGAUGUGACUGCUCUAGGUUGCCCUGGUGCACUUGUUUCUGCUUGUGACAAGGCAGUACCAAGCCUCCUCAUCCCAAGCUGACCUGAGCUAUUAUGAAGCUGAGUGCCAUCAGCGAGAGCCUAAUUGCAGAAGGAAUGAAGCACUUUUUUCCCCAGAAAUCCUGUGAUGAUUUGACCUGUCCUGACAUGUCCACAUCCUCUGGGAGAUGAGCCAAUGUCAGCUUUCAUUGUGAGCAAAGGUUUCUGUGCCAGCACUCAGCGACUGAGGUCCGGUUAACGUGAGAGCCAAAGUGGAAGCUUUUGUUCUUUUGGUUUAAUUUUACUUGCACCAAAGUGUUUGGAAGGAUGGAGUUACUGCUUGUGGGAUGUAGAGCUGCUUGGUGACGACUGCGCUGUAGCAUCAUCUUGUUUACUAUAAACUCUAAUGCUUU